AUGCAUCCCAGUUCAACCACCACGACGCCCUUUUCAGUGAAGGAUAUUUUGAAGCUGGAGCACCACCACGACUUUGAAAAUGAGUUAUUGAUGACUGAUCAAGUUGUUCCGAUGAAUUAUCAGCACGGUGCCAUCAGGGAGGGUUAUGAGUGCCAGCCGGAGAGGCCGUGCGUCUCUGGGACGCAGGAGAAGCUCCAUGUUCACAACUCAGCAGCAGAAGAGGAGAUAAACGAGCAGGAGAUCAGCGGUCCUGACAGUCCACCUGACUGUGAUAAAGCCUCUAGAAGCAGCAGAGCCCGGCUGCAGCGCAGGAAGCCCCGGGUCCUCUUCUCUCAGUCCCAGGUGUCCGAGCUGGAGAGACGCUUCAGACAGCAGCGCUACCUGUCCGCUCCGGAGAGAGAACACCUGGCCAGCAUCCUCACACUCACCUCCACGCAGGUGAAGAUCUGGUUCCAGAACCGCAGGUACAAAUGUAAGCGGCAGCGGCAGGACAAGUCUCUGGAGCUGGCUGGUUAUCCUCCAGCACCGAGGAGGGUGUCGGUACCGGUGCUGGUUCGGGACGGGAAGCUCUGCAGCCACUCAGCUCCUUAUAAUAAUAACGUGACUCUGGGACAUUAUAACAGCGUGUUUGGGUUUGGAAACAGCAGCGUGUACGGCUGCAGUUAUCACAGUGUUUCAGCUCAUAAUAACCAGCUGGUUGACCUAACAGGUAACAGUGAGGGAACCUUCAACCACGGACACUUCCAGGCUUCAUUACAGCCUGUAAGAGGCUGGUGAUUCAUGUCUGUAGAGUAGAAAGAUAUAGCAAAUAUUUUAAUGUCAAAUUUUUUUUAUCCUAUAUUUUGUAUGAACUUGUAUCUGUUGGUGGUUUUCUCUUUUUAAAAAAAGUCAGAGGCAAAUAAAAAAACAGCUUAUUGCUUCAUAGCCUGUACUGUCUU